AUGCACCUUUCGAGUUCUACUCAUGUCUCCAUAGUGGAUAUCUUCUUCCCAGGCUUCAGCGGUGUCACGGCGGCGAUGAAUCAGCUUCUGAACGGCACCCUAGACAACUACGCCGUGCUGUUGACCGACGUUCACGACCCUGAUGAGGCAUACGACAUGCUCGAAUACUGGGUCUCUUCCCAGAACUUUGCCAAAACCGCUUGCUCAUCCCUUGCCAGCGUUGAUGGCAGGCGAGGCCGGGUUCUGCUCCAUCCAGACUACGACACUACGACCAAGAAACCCCUUCGAUUUACCCCGUGGAGAGAUCGAAUGUCUUUUUGGUACAAAGGGCGUCUUCUCUUUCUGCAAUGCACGCAAAAUGAGCUGGCGUUGUUUCCGCGCAAAACAAUGACGGUUUCUUGUGUUGGUCGUUCUUCUCAAAUCCUACGAGAUCUCAUGAAUGAAUGCCGCGUUGAAUACCUCAGAGUUUCAGAGAACAAAACUUCUAUUUUCGAACACCACAACAAUGGCUGGAAAAGAACCAUGACCCGAGAAAUUAGGCCGAUCGAAACUGUCAUUAUGAAGGAAGAGUUGAAGCAAACGCUCCUGGACGACAUUCGCGCCUUUCUUAACCCCAACGCUCGGUCCUGGUACGCCAGUCGCGGGCUGCCGUACCGGAGGGGCUACCUGUUGUACGGCCGCCCUGGGACCGGAAAGUCGAGCUUCAGUAUAUCUAUUGCCGGCUGCUUCGGUCUCGAUAUCUAUGUCGUUAGUCUUGCCGGCAUCGACGAUAUGCGGCUUAGUGCCUUAUUCGCCGACCUUCCCCAGCGCUGCGUCGUUCUGCUCGAGGACGUCGACG